AAAAAAGGAUACAGCAGCGCUGUCCGAUACAAAGCGUCGUCGAAUUACGGCACCAUUCAUUAAAGACGUCACUCAUUGUGGAAUUGUUGAUUUUUUUUAUUUCUAUUUUUUUGGUUGGACGGACCAAGUUGCGAUACGACACCCUCCAAACAGUCUAAGUUUCUACGGUAUAGAUUCAGACAGUGUUGACAGUGAACAGUGUGGUGAAGAGUAGGAAUUGUAAGAAUUGGUCUGGGGAGUCAUCAAAUAUGCCGUCCGCCACCGCUAGACGACUGUACGAGGACCAAAUACCCUCAUUCAUGUCUAUUUUCGACCCCGAGACAGACAAUAGCAUUGACGAAAGGGGAUUAGUGACGGUGGUAGAUCCUAAGUUAAUGGAGAUGGAGUCACAGUGUGCACCUGGGCAACUGCCUGGGCCUGGACAAUUCACCGGUCAACUUGCUGGUGGGUUACCACAACACACUUUGCGACCUUUACCAAACGAUCCUGCGCACCAUCACCACGAUAGUACAUCAACCCAAAAUUCCGAGUCUGCAGAUUCUUCCCCCACUACAACUUUAACCACAGACACUUCUUCUCUUUCUGACCCAUCACCGUCUUCUUCGCCAGAUUCACCCGUCAAUCUAAUACCUUUAAAUUCAUUUCCCGCUACUAAUUUCGGUGGUCUACCCUCGACGAUGGAUAAUCUCACUGUCAACGACUCCAGUAGACGGGAGCGACCUAUGACAUCGCCUUCUCCCCGACGCGGUAGAAACAUGAAAGGAUUGUCGAUACAGCCACCUUUCGCGAGUUCGCUAUCCUCUCAGCUCGUCUCCGAACCCUCAUCGCCUGAUUUCAUCAAGCCUAAGAUCCCCGCAAUGAAGCGCAAACCCAGUCAACUCAGUCUCAAGACCGACUCUACAGGCCUUAACAUCAGACCCACUACGUUAGAGGUUCCUGGAUCGCCCAUUCUUCCUCCGAUCCUCCAGCGAAGAUCUCUCAAACAUUCGACGUCGUCGCCUCAUAUGCUUUUUGGCUUAAAUGGGUUAAAGUCGGCGACCUUCGGCCCAUCCGGCGGCAUGACAUUUCCCCCAGUACUCGAGCGGGGAACUUCAGGAUUAUCUGAAGUGUUGAGACCAACAAAGCUAGGAAGCAGUGGUCCUGGCUAUGACACUACUAUUCUCGAGGAGGAUUCCCCUAUCAAGACUCAGCUUGCUAAUCGCGCUGCGAUGGACUUCGAGCCUUUCAUAGAGCCUGAAAAUAACGAAGACCAGAAGUCGCCAGGUUAUCCCGAUGGUCCUAUCGCGAUCUACGAGGACAAUGUUUACCUAUACUUGGAACCUACCGCAGAAGAGGCCGCAAAAUUCGAUGUGGUUAUCAAUGUCGCCCGCGAGGUAACCAAUCCUUUCCAAGGUAUGGGCAUGGGCCCAGAUCCAAUGGAUACGAGACCAAUCCCAACAGAGUCGCCCAUUCCAGAUACUGCCAUGACCAGUGACAGCUUUGCGACGGCUUUUGAAUUUCCUCCCUCGGAACAGAACGCUAUGGAGACACCCACAACCCCGAAAGCAAAUCCCUUUUCGGAACCUGAAUAUAUCCACAUGCCAUGGGAUCACAAUACCGACAUCGCGACAGAUUUAAUGAUGCUCUGCGAGAUGAUCGAAAAGCGCACUAAGGAUGGAAAGAAGGUUCUCGUUCACUGCCAACAGGGUGCAAGCCGCUCGGCCAGUUUAAUCAUUGCCUAUGGCCUCUACCAAAACCCUGGCCUAACCGUCAACGACGCCUAUUACGCCGCGCAAUCCAAGAGCAGAUGGAUUAGCCCGAAUAUGCGAUUAAUGUAUUGUUUGCAGGACUUCCAGAAGGAGGUUUCCAAGAAGAGGUUGCCCCCUCGAUCCGCUGCCGGACCACGAAGUGGAAGAAGCCCCACAAAACAUAGGCUUACCCUAUCCGCGAAUGCCAUCGAUAUGCAACCUAAGGAACCAAUGACUGCGCCGUUGCCAGAUGAAAAGGAGGGAACGGAUAAUAGCUCCAACAAUGAGCGCCUUGCAAACCAUUCUCGUGGAAAAUCCACCCCUAACCUAGACGCGAUAUCUCCUGGCCCAUCAUCCGCUCCGUCGAGCUUCUCUUGGUCUGAGAUGGAAGAUGAGAAGGAUCCAGGCAAGCAUGGCCGAUUCAAUUUCGGAAACUCCCUCGAGCCUCCUAGAUUCUUCGAACCGCAACCAUCAGUACAGACUAGUCAAACAUUAUCGCUACCUCCUCCCUCGCCAUCGUUCUUCAAGCCACCGCCCUCACCUGGAUUCUUUAGGCCUCCUCCCUCCCCGGGAUUCGGAGCUAGUCGUUUCGGUGAAGGACCUCAGAGCUUUGGAUUCUCCAGCCUGAAUUUUGGUCCUAUCGAGUCUCACCAUGAACGACCCAGUAGUCGAAAGGAAUUGACAAUCGCACCCGCUUUACCGGAUGACGAUGAUGCUCUGAUGUCUCCGAGGGCUGAGACCAUGACAAGCAACCCAUUACAUGAUUCUUAUUCGGAAUUAGCUGGCAUGAAGUUUGUUGAGGUACCCCCUACGCCGAGCGAAGGGCUUUUUUCUCCGCGACAGUCUAUGUUUCCCCGAGACCCCUUAUUUCCAUUCGGAAGACCCGCUCAAACGGCUGACCCUAGAAGUCCCCCAACAAAGGGCGAAACUCCUAUCGUCCGGUCCAUCGACGACUUUUUAUAACCAUUAGUAUAUUGACCAUCUGUCAAUAAUGUGAUACGCGAAGAACGAGACGAGAUUCACAAACAUUUGACCCCAAGUGAAACUUCGGGCAACCCGCUACAUUUCAUUUGUUUACCGGAUUAAACACCAUCGUUUUUCUUUGCGUUCUUUCUGGACUUGUACGCCGUUCUGGCUAGGGUGGAAUUAGGCAGCACUGGAACGGACCAAAAUACCCGGAUGUCACAAUGUAACAGCCUCCUUUACGGGUUGGAGAGCUAGUACGGUUGAUUUUGCGUUAGUCAUAUGGAGAUAGUGGAUAAUUAAGGGAGUAAGAAAAGUUGAAGGGGAGUACAUAUGGAAUAGGAACCAAAAAGGGUCGGGAGAACUCCAAGGACGCAGACCGCCCUGGCGCGAGCUAGGACGAGUUCUCUAUGCAUUUGCAUACUGACCAUCGGAUUACCCCGAAGAUCACUAAGCACUCGUUGCUAUAAUCACCGAAGACACCCACCCUUUCCCAUGUAUCACGCGACACAUUAACAAGUCACGAUGACCCGAUUUUGGAACCAAUAGCUCGCAAACACAAGCAAGCAUAGGCGUUCUAUGGAGUCAGGAAAAGAAGGAGUAAUUCUACGCGCAAUGGGACAGAUUAAGGAAAGUCCCCUAUUGCAUCUUGUACAUAUAAUUCACCAAUGUCCUGCCAACGCGAUACGGCAUGCAAAUCACAUGCUCUGUUCACGAA